CAGAGAUUUCCAGGUCAGGAAAGGGCACGGGCUGAGAUCCAUUCCUUGGGAAGCGGAGCCACUGUCGCAAACAGUCCCAGACAGCGAUUCUCUCCUUUUACAGCCCUCUCUUCGGUCAUCUGACUGUAGCUCGCCAAGUUCGGACCUGUGAGGAUUUGAUUUCCACAGCUUUGGACUUAGCGUCGGAUCCCAAUAGUCACCGGCGGCCUUCAUCGGAGCUGACAGGGGGAGAAGAUGUGGCGUGCAGCCGGCAGAGUUUGACAGCAGAGGAGUCAUUUUGGAAUCGAGUGUAGAGCGUUUGGGCUGAGGGGCACGAGACAUUACCGGAGCUGCCCAGCUGAGGUGAAGGGGAGGGCAUAGGAUCCCAGUGCAGCCUGAGUGUGGAUGACCUGCCCCCACCUGGAAAACAGGACCAUGAUCUGAAGAGGGCACAGCACACCAAAACCCUGUUCUUCCUCUCCUCCUUCUCCCUAUUUUAUUUUUUUAUAUAUUUUUUGUUUUAAAUCUACGGGGCGACAGCCUCCCUGCCCGGCUGCUUUCCUGACUGAGUCCGCGUGCACGGACAGGACAAACGGAAGGAGACCAGACAUUUAAGGAGGAAGACAUACAGCGACAGCCCCCCCCCCCCCCUCUCCCUUGCCCCUCCCACCGCCACACCGGAAACAUGGGGAGGAAAAAGAUUCAGAUCCAGAGGAUCACUGACGAACGCAACAGACAGGUGACGUUCACCAAGCGGAAGUUCGGCCUGAUGAAGAAGGCGUACGAGCUGAGCGUCCUGUGCGACUGCGAGAUCGCCCUCAUCAUCUUCAACCACUCCAACAAGCUGUUCCAGUACGCCAGCACCGACAUGGACAAGGUCCUGCUCAAGUACACUGAGUACAACGAGCCGCACGAGAGCCGAACCAACGCCGACAUCAUCGAGGCUCUGAACAAGAAAGAGCACCGGGACUCUGAGAGCCCAGACCCCGAGGAGCCCUUCUCCCUCACCCCCCGCACUGAGGAGAAAUACAAAAAAAUUGACGAGGAGUUUGAUAAAAUGAUGCAGAACUAUAGGCUGUCAUCCACAGUCCCACAGCCCACCUUCUCCAUGCCAGUCACCGUGCCAGUAUCCAAUCAGAACGCGGCGGCGGCGGCCCUCCAGUUCAGCAGCAACCCCGGCGGCGCCCUGGUCACCACCACCUCCUACGUCACCUCCACCCUCACAGACCCCCGCCUCCUGUCGCCACAGCAACCGGCUCUGCAGAGGAACACCGUGUCGCCAGGGUUACCACAGCGACCAGCCAGCGCAGGAGCUCUGUUGGGAGACAUGGGGAACUCCAAUGGAGCGUGCCCGAGUCCAGUCCCUAACGGUUACAUCAGUGCCAGGGCCUCCCCGGGCCUCCUCUCCGUCUCCAACGGCAACAGCCUGGGGAAAGUAGUCCCGGCUAAGUCUCCGCCUCCGCAUAGCCCUCAGAUGGUCAACAGCCGCAAGCCGGACCUGAGGGUCAUCACCUCGCAGAGCGGCAAGAGCCUCAUGCAGCUGACAGAGGAAGAGCUGGAGUUGGUGAGUGAGAAUGCUCAACGGCUAGGUGGCUCCCAGGUGGUGCAGUCGCUCACCACGCCAGUGGUCUCCGUGGCAACACCCAGUCUCCUGGCGCCGUUCUCCGGCAUGCAGACAGCCUACAACACUGAGUACCAGCUGACGAGCGCGGAUCUCACGGCGCUCCAGACGUUCACACCACCGGGGCUGGUGCCUGGCAACAUGGCUGCCUGGCAACAGCAACCCACAGUCUCCCAGCAACAACAGCAGCAGCAGCAGCAACAACAGCAGCAGCAGCAGCAACAACAACAGUCCCAGCAGCUGAGCCUGGCGUCGCUCAGUAACUUGGUCAUGUGGGGUGCAGAGAAACAGAAUGCAGAGAUGGUUAACUGCAUCUCCAAUUUUGCUGCUAACCUGAGCUUGGCCUCUCAGUCCAACUUGCUCUUUGGCAGGGAGGACGGCCUCUGCUGGCCGGUGGGUCACAUACCUCAGGGCGCCGCGCUGACCGUCAACACGAACCCCAACAUCAACAUAAAGUCUGAACCGGUCUCCCCAAACCGCGACCGCAGCACCCCCAGCUCCACCUGCGGCACCGGGGGAGGGGGAGGCGGCGGUGGAGGCGGCCAGAUUCAACUCCAGGGACAAGGUCUGGUGUCGGUGGCCUACCCUGGUUCCCUGCGCCUGGAAGUGGGCGGCCAAGGCCGCUCGCCAGUCGACAGCCUCAGCAGCAACGGCAGCUCGUACGAGGGCAGCGACCGGGACGACGGCGCCCAGGGGCGGGGCGGCGGGGUUCCGGACUUCCUCCACCAGGCCGGUGCCGGGGGCCAGCAGCCCACCAUGGUCCUCCUGCGGCCCUCGUCGGCCGAGCCCCAGGAGCAGGACGGGACCAACGUCAAGAGGAUGAGACUGGAUACCUGGGUCACAUGAAGAGACGAGCGGAGAGGGACGGAUGGACGGACGGACAGAUGGAGGAUGGAGAUGGAGAUGUGUACUUGUUGCUUGUGUACAUGCCCCCAUCAGCCCUAAUGCCCCUCAAUCUCCUUCUUCGUGCAUUCACACACACACACACACACACAUAUAUAUAUAUAUUUAUACCUGCCAUCGACCCAGUUCUGUCAAAACAGGAAAAGCUGACCUCGCACACACACACACACACACACGCACAGAUAGAGAGACACAACACGAGCAUGCUAACACACCGUCAUGUCGUCGCACGUGUGGACACUGACACACACUUGUAUGGCAAUGUGCAUACACAUUUGAACUCUAAUGUACUUUCACACACACAGACACUCACACACACAAAAAAAACCCCAAAGGGGUUGAGCUACCAAACCAGGGACUAUUUGUCAAAAUAAUUUAUUCAGCUGUAUUUGAAUAGAAGUGAGUGUUUUGAAUCAGGCAACAGUGGCUAGUAAAACUCCAAAUGUCGGCCACUUGGACGAUUUCUCCCGACAUGCUGACAGCCGCCAGCAGAGCAAACAAACACCUUGGUUUCCCAGCAUGCCCUGCAUUUGGUUAGCGGCCGGUGGUGUCCUCCCCACUCAUGUCCUUCCUGUCCGUAACUGCGCUGCAGCGAGUCAGCGCCGCCAAGUGAGUCCACAUCUUUGUACACAGCGGUAACGUUUGCGUUGCUGCCGCUCUAGAUUCUCGGGCCCUUUUGCUCUUUUUAUAGCGUGGAGUUUUGUCCUUCUGUCUCGACUGUUGAUCUUUAGAGUUUUGGAUUCGUCUCAGUUUUGAAUAUGAAGACACUAAAAGACAAACUUGUCUCCGUCCCCAGGCGAGCCCGGCGGCCCAGUCAAAAAGGCCGGCACUUUGGCCCUGUACGAGACUGACGACCCCCCCGGGGCUUUUAUUGAAACCGAACCAUGCGGACUAUAGCUGUAAAACCAGGAACGUGAUUUGUUGUCGAGGUAAAAGACUGCUUUUCUUUGAAUCAGGGACGAGCUGCAGCAGCUCAACGCCACAUGACGCAGAUCCUCCUAGUUUUCGUCCACAUCUCGUCAACUACAGAUGCUGAGAAAGAUGUGUGUUUGUUUGGUGUGCGUGUGUUUGAUUUUUGUGUGUGUGUGCGUGUGUAUGGUUUGUUACCUCAACUGGUCGUUUUUUAACUAAGUGAUUCGGGCAAAUGUUCAUUCUCAAUUUCAUCCUCGAACACACACCCGGGAUGAAACUAUUUUUGUGGAAGCGAGUCAUGUUUUGAAGAGAUAGCUGAUGUUCGGAGGCGAGACCGGUGAGGUACCGUGUAUAUAAGCAAUCUGUAACCUUUGUGGCUUUUGUGUGACAGGGAUAAGAUGUUUUGAAGAUUUUAAAAAAUAGAUCAUAUACAAGUAUAUAUUUAAACGGCUUGAGGCGGUAGCAAGGGCAGCUCUGCAUCCGGGGCAGGAGGCUACGACACACGACAGGGAUUGUAUAUAUAAACUAUAUAUUCGGCAGGUUAUCCCUUAACAAAACAGACUUUUAAAAAGCAAAUGCGUUGAUUCUCAGUGGCUCGGUCUCUUUUGUUUAUUAUUAUUUAUGCGUGUAUAUAUAUAUAAAGUGUAAUAUGUGGACAAGCCAAGAGAGGGAGCUGUAGAGGCCGAAAGGGAAGACGUAGCCGUGGUGACUCGGACUGUUUAGUGUAAGCAAUUGUUGGGACUCUGUCACUGAUGGAGCGCACUUUACCCUGACCCCCACCCCUGACACCUUAACACACCUGACACACACACACACACACUCACACUAGGGUUGAACUGAUAUACCUGGCUGCUUUUAAGGCUUUUGUUAAAAAUCUGAUAUUCAGAAAAUACAAUUCAAUGUUUGCACUUUUUAUUUAAUCCUCCAAAUGAAUUAAUUUAUUACUGUACGUCAACCAAUCAGAGCUCCGUUUUACAACUCCUAUCUUCUUAUUGUGGCCUGCAUGUUUUGAAAUUAGGUGAAUUAAUUUAAUGGAUCACAGAAUAAUAAACUGUAAACAUUAAAGCAGAAGAAAAUUGAAUAAGACAACAUAUUAAAGCAAGACAGUAAAUUAAUUAACAAGAAGAACAAAUUAAAAUGCAAAUGUAUCAAAAUGUGUUAAAUUAUUUUUAGAUUAGAUAAAAUAUAAAAAAAUUACAAUUUAAGGUAUUUUUAUAUUACCUUUCGUUGUAUUACAAAGUUAUUAAUAAUGACAGAAAUGUGGGCUAUGUUAAUGCUGAUGGCAAGCAUUUUUAUUUGGAAGUACAACCUAUAAUAUACUGUGUAGCCAAAAUACGCUCAGACACAAAUGCCCCAUUGAAACACAUUAAAACUUUGAUCCCACUGCCAUUAGCCAAGACCCACUAUUUUCCACCAGAUCAAGCCAUGUUCUUAUGUUUGCCCUGUGGGGGUUUAAAUUCUGAAAAUAAAUUAAUAUUUGGUGGUUAUCAGGACUGAAGUUGGUUAAAAGAUUUAACUCAAUGAAAGUGAAAAAUAAUAUUAUGGUAGUUUUUUAGCACGAACAUCAGAGGCACAAGGGUUAAUAAUUUAUGAUAUUUUACUUUUUUAAUAUCCGCUAAGGAAGUAACCAUUGAAAAGAAAUCCCCAAUUUUGUUAUUGGUAUUUCCAUCCUUUGUAUAGGCAACAUCAGCUGCCACAGUGUGACUCAAACUAAAAAUAUUUUAGUUACUUAUUUCUCCAUUCGUUCUACAUUUAGAGUCAAGUGUCUCUUGAUGGUCUAAAUUCCACCUUUUAAAUUUGUUGCAGAUAAAAUCUUUACUUGUUAUUUGGUAAUGUUUUUGGCAUAUCCCAGUAUUGAGUAUUUGCAGCGUCAGAACAAAGAUGGCAGUAUUUUCUGUCUCUAACAUAUCAGUCAAACUCUAAAGCACACACACACACACACACACUAUAUGAUUAAGCGAGCCAAGGAUGUCCCCUUUUUUAUUUUGGACCUUUUCCUCUGGUUAAAAGCCAUGUAUGUAUAUUUAAAGGAUCUUCUCCUUCGCCUGUCACUGGUUGGCUGUAGUUUUAUAUUUCCGAGGGGUUAAAAAAACGACUAUGAAGGUAAAAUAAAUGUGAAGGAUGUCAUUUUUUUUUUUUACUAACUGGCAAGGGGUGGUUUAGGGUUUAGUGGGUAGAUUUGAAAAACAUAGCGGUCAAAAGUGCAAAUUCAUGUAUUUAUAUAUUUUUUCAGCCUCCAUCCAUUUGCUCGUUGAAAGCUUUGGAGGCAGAGUUUGGGUAUCGUUUUAGCACUAAGCCGGAGGUUUCAGAACGAGUCUCGAUCUUUUAAUGACUACCUCCCAAAUCCAACGCAGACUUGUCAACUUUGGGUUUCACCACAUCCAGCCAGCACAUCUUUCUCACGGGCAGGCCCUCUUCACCUCCCUCUCACCCUGUCACUCACUCACUCUCGUUUUAUUUUUUAUUUUUUAAUCCCAAACACUUCUGUCCCCACUACGAAAGCUGGUCCCCAUAACGCUGGUAUACAAACACACACACACACACACACACACAUUACUUUUCUGUUUACUCGGUCCUGUGUCAGCGCUGAAAUGACAACACGUCGACAAGUCAAAUUAUUUUUGGGUCAUUUCCAUCCUCCCAGCAGCCUCAUUACACACUACUCCCAUCAUCCUCUCCUCGCUUCAUCUUUCUCUCUCUCUCCGUCUGUCACUCACUCACUUGCUCAUCCACUCCGUGACAAGUCUGAGAGUCAGUAUUGCUUUUGCGAGCGUGCGACAGAGUAAAUCCCCUCCCCACCUCCCCUGAGUGUUAUCACUUUGACUGUUAAGACUGUUGUACCCUGAGCUUCGAACAAAAACAAAGAAACCUGCGUACGAAGGCUGCGAGAAAAUAAACAAAAUGGCUUCCUUUGCGACACGGGACUCGUGGGAGUUUUUUCUUUGUCACGUUCUCCAGAGCAACACUAGGGGUCGCUGUAAUCACAAAACGGAAAGACAAUCGUGCUGAGAAAUAGUUUUAAGAACCUGCAUCCCCCACUCCUGGAAAAAAAAAAAAAAAAAGCGACUCUUGCUCCUGUAUAAUGAUGUUUAGAAGUCUCACUCACUUUCCAGUGUUAAUUUGUGCUGGUGACAGUCUGUUUUUAAUUGUUCUCUGAGAAUUGAUAUUAUUAUUAUUAUUAUUAUUAUCAUCAUUACCACAGCUCUCACUGACGGUAGCUGCCAUGAUGGUAUAGAAAUCUGCGUUUUUAUUUGUGUAGGUUAGGCAUCUUGUUUUCAUUUUGAAUUUUAUUUUAUUAUAUAAAAAAUACUCUAUAAAUAUAUUUUUUGUUUUCUCUUUAUUCAGGAUUUGUUUUUUCUUUCGUUCUUCAAAAAAAAAAAAAAAGGGUGUUACUAAUGUUGCACGAUUUUUAUGACAUGAAACAAACAACACAAGCGUAGUGCUAUUAGUACAUGACACGUGUGGACGUGGGCGGAAACCGCCACACACACACACACACACACACACACACACACACACCGCUUCAAUGCUGCAACUUUUGAGUCCAAUGUACAAAACGUCUCGGUCCACACAUGCUAACGUGGGGGGGUGGGGGGGGGGGAGGGUUUCAGCGUGACACGUCUAACUUAUUUCUGACCAGACACAAUGAUGUCAAUGCAUGGGCGAAGAGUGACUCAUCUUAUAGGACAUACAGUGUAAUAUCGACACGAAUAUACAUCACACAGAAAUACAUUUAAGAAAAAGAAAAAAAAAUGGAAUAAAAAAAGUUUAAAAUAAAUGAUAGCUAAUAUAUUGUGUUCGGCUAGUCUGCUUUUUUUUUUGUUGUAAAGAUACUUUUUUUUUUUGUUGUUUUUUGGAGAAUGAUAUACAAUUUGUGUAUAUUUUCAUAAAUAAAGUAUGCACUGAUAUGUUAUUACAAAUUCUAUACUGCUUUUACAAAAAAAAGUGUUUGUUAUCGUACCAAAGUAUCCAUUGGUCCCCUCUUCCCCCCUGCCUCCCCUUUUUGCGUAUGUUUUACCGUAUUUUAUAUAUUAAAUAGACAAGUUGACCUACACAAA